AUGUCCAAGGCCUAUACAUGGGAUCAGAUUCGCGGCCAGGUCAGAUCAUUCAGAGCAGCGACCCAGGCCAAUCUUUCUCCACAAGCACUCGCGACUGUCAAAGACUUUUACCUCGAUGACUCCCGUCAAAGUCUCACAUUCCUUGCGAAUCAACGCUCAUCCGAAUCAUGUCUCUCUCGGAACAUGAUGUUGUAUCAAUUAACUCUUCGGCAUCAUGUCACAACGCACAGCAAAGACUGUAGAACUGCAUCCACUUCCAAAGAGCACGCCUAUCUACAUCGUUUAUCUCGGCUACCUCACAUACCGUGGAAUCCUAUAAUAACAGAGUAUAUUGAUCCUUGCGAUCACAGCCCUACACCCAAUCGUCAUCCUAUACAAGGAAUUACUUCGUUUGAAUAUAUCCAUGACAAGGCAAUGUUUGUAUUUACAGGGGCAAUUUACGUGAGCCAAAGAGGAGAGACACCCGAAUCUUUGCCAUUUAAGCCCAGUAACUCUGUAAAUACUUCAAGACCAUGCUGUAAUUCACCAGAAUCGCCACAGAACAGCCCAACAGAUGAUAUCCUUAAUUUAACAUCGCCCAAACAAGUAGGCCACAAAUCUGCCAAUCAACCUAUACGCGCUGAUCCAAAGCUUGGAGGAUUUGAUGGAAAUUUUAUUGCUUUUAUUCGAGACAAUGACAUCUGGGUUACUGAUUUGGAAGGAAAGGAGACACAACUCACAUUCUGCUCUCUGAAUGCUAAACAUGCCUCUAUGAGCUGUGGUGUGGCAGAAUAUGUGAUGCAAGAAGAAUUUCGUCGUUUCACAGGAUAUUAUUGGGGACCUUGCGACGAAAAUAUUAACCAGAUACUCUACCUUGAGACAUCUGAAGAUAAUGUUGACAUUAUCAUGAUAACUACCCCUUGUACACCAAUGAAUAUGUACCCCACAGAUUCAGGACCGUUUCAUUAUCCUCGCGCAGGAAGACCAAAUGCUUCGAGUGUUAUGCAUAUAGUGACCUUUGAUUCUCAGGCUAAGAAAGUUGUGAGAAAGCGACUUUGGGACACAUCAAUAGAAACUCUUUUUCCGUGGACCGAGUAUAUUGUACGUUUUGGCUGGUUACCAGACAUGAAGAGUGUUUGGGCACAGCUCCUCUCUAGAGACCAGAAGAAAACUGAGGUUGUCCGUAUUCCAAUAUCCCUUUUUCUCAGCCCACAAGAGUACGAGCUUCAAAAAAUUUCUUCAACCCAAUCUCGUGCGCAAAUUGAGGUUCUUUGGGAAGAGACGACGGAUGUGUGGAUCAAUAUUUCGGACGCCUACUAUUUCUUAGAUUCUUCUGAUCCAAAUUCUACUCAAUUUAUCUGGAGCUCGGAAAAAUCAGGCUAUCGACAUCUUUACCUUGUUACCAAGAAUAUUGACGAGCCCAAACCCUCUGUUACACAGCUGACAGACGGCGAAUGGUGUGUAAUAGAUAAACCACUGUUUGUGGAUGAGUCCAGGAGACUUGUUUACUUUAUGGCAAAGAAAGAUGGCCCACUAGAGAGUCAUCUUUAUGUGACUUGCUAUGCACACGACUUACCUGUUCCAGCAACCCGACUUACUGAACUUGGCUUCAGUCACAACGUCACCGUAUUCCCCUCAAGUGGAAUAUUUGUUGACUGUUUCUCGAGCUUAGAGUGCCAUCAAGUCAUAAUAUUAUGUUAUCUGAGCUUUGAAACCUUUAACGGGCUUCCUGUUGUUUCAAAUGAUAACACGGUUCGAUUAACAUCACUUCCUACCAUGAAAAAAAACCCAGAGCACACUUUCACCUGUCACUUCAGUAAAUCACAUAUUCCCGCAUUUAGCCUUGAGCCGUUUCCGGCUAUGGAGAUGCCAAAAGGCAUAAUGUUUGACUUUCUAUCGCACGAUGGAAUCAAGCUUUAUGGCUGCUUGUAUAAGCCCUUCCACUACACUGCUGGCACUAGCUUCCGCACAGUUCUUCAUGUAUACGGUGGUCCCAAGAGUCAGAUGGUUACAAAUGACUUUCGCUUCCCUCGUCUUCUUCGGUACCUGAUGUCGGUUUACUUUGGAUUUGCAGUCGUAAUAAUAGAUGGCCGAGGAUCUUGUGACCGAGGUCUGGCUUUUGAGGCUGGUAUCAAGAACCAUUUGGGAUCGGUAGAAUUAAGAGAUCAGAUUGAUGGAUUAAACCACCUCGUUAAUACUAAGUUUGGCGCAGAACCAACGGCUGAUGGUAGUACAAUUAGUGUGAUUGAUAUUUCGAGGAUUGCUAUUACAGGAUGGUCUUAUGGUGGUUACUUGAGUCUCAUGGGUCUUGCAAAAUAUUCGGAUAUAUUCAAGCUAGCAAUCGCAGGUGCGCCUGUAACUCAAUGGGAGCUGUAUGAUUCAGCGUAUACAGAACGAUAUAUUGGGCUACCUUCCGAAAAUCCUUCGGCCUAUGAUCUGGGUAGCAUUCUUAACAAAGUAGAAAGGUUUCCAGAUUGCGAGAAUAGAUUAUUAAUAGCCCAUGGAUUGAUUGAUGAGAAUGUUCAUUUCCGACACACCGAAUCUUUGGUUUCUUUGCUUGUAAAGUUUAAUAAGCCGCACUAUCUACAAGUAUAUCCUACGGAGAAACACGGGCUACGACAUGCUAGUGUUAAUGAGCAUUUUGAAACUCUUAUGUUCUACUGGCUAAUGAAUUACUUGUAG